AUCCGGUAAACCUGGCGUGAAUGGCCGCCGUUUAAAUGAUAGUGCUCGGAUCGAGUCGCCGAAACGCGCGAACGAAAGACUGAGACGAGAAGAUGCACAUCAAGAGCAUCACCAUCGACGGCUUCAAGUCGUACGGGCAGCGGGUCGACAUCAAGGGAUUCGACCCGCUCUUCAAUGCCAUUACGGGACUUAACGGCAGUGGCAAAAGCAACAUCUUAGACUCUAUAUGUUUCGUGCUGGGCAUCAGCAACUUGCAGCAGGUGCGCGCCGUCAACCUGCAAGACCUGGUGUACAAGAACGGACAGGCGGGUAUCACCAAGGCCACGGUUUCCAUCACCUUCGACAACCGCGACUCGCGCCAGAAACCCGUUGGCUACGAACAUUACGACGAGUUCACCAUCACCAGACAGGUGGUCGUAGGCGGCAGAAACAAAUACCUCAUCAAUGGUGUGACGGCGACCAGUAACCGAGUGCAGGACCUGUUUGGGUCGGUGCAGCUGAACGUCAACAACCCUCACUUCCUCAUCAUGCAGGGUCGCAUCACCAAGGUGCUCAACAUGAAGCCACCCGAGAUCUUGGCCAUGAUCGAGGAAGCAGCUGGCACGCGUAUGUACGAGAGCAAGAAGCAAGUAGCGCAGCGCACCAUUGAGAAGAAGGAAGCCAAGCUGGCUGAACUGGACAGCGUACUGAACGAAGAGAUUACGCCUACCUUGAACAAGCUGAAGGAGGAGAGGCAGGCUUACCUGGACUACACCAAGGUGUCGAGAGAGUUGGACCACCUGACAAAGUUGUACGUCGCAUGGCAGUACGUCCAGACCGAGGAGCUAAGUCGUAACUCGAAGGAGAAGCUGGAGAAAACGCAGGCAACUGUCCAGCAGUCCAAGGCCUCCGUCGAAGAGCUGCAGGCCAAGGCUAAAGAAAUGGGCGAGGUCAUCGCAGCCAUGGAGCGUAAGAAGGACCUGGAGACGGGUGACAAGCUGGAGACUCUCGAGCGCAGCCUCAAGGAAUGCCAGCUCAAGGAGACCAAGGCAAGCUCCGACGUGGAUCACAGCAAGGCGCACAUCAAGCUGCAACACAAGACCCGCGCAGGUCUCCAGAAGAGCAUUGACGAGGACGGGGCUGCCAUUGUGAGCAAGGAGAAGCAGGUGCAGAAGUUGCAAGACGCGCUUGUCCAGCUGGCCGAGGAGAGCGAGAAGGACGCAGAAGCCGUGGCCGCGGCCCACAAGCACUUCCAGGCGGUCAGCGCUGGCCUCGCGAGCAAUGCCGAUGGAGAGGAGGCCACACUUACUGAACAGCUGAGGGCUGCGAAGAGCGACAUCGCGGAAGGCCGACCGAGAGCCGCCAGGCAGGAGAUGCGCCUCAAGCAUUCGCAGGAAGAGGCCAAGAAGAAGCAGGCCGAGUGCAAGAAGACCGAGGCCAGCUACCAGAAGGACGAGGCGGCCAACCGCGGGAUCGAGAAAGAGCUGAAUGCUAUUCGGGCCCAGCUGAGCAAGCUCAACUUCGAAGAAGGUCGCGAGGAGAACCUCCUGAGCCAGAAGCAGCAGCUGCAGCGAGAUAUUCAUGGCUUGCGACAGAAUGUGGACAUCUUCGAGGCAAGGAACCAGCACUUGUCGUUUCAAUACACGGACCCCGUGCGCAACUUUGACCGACGGAAAGUCUACGGCCUUGUGUGCGACUUGUUCAAAGUGAAGGACCAGCGUGCUACCCGUGCUCUUGAGAUGGCUGCCGGAGGCAAGCUCUUCAACGUCGUGGUUGACAAUGAGGAGACGGGCAAGCUGCUGCUGAAGAAUGGUCGGCUCAAGCGCCGCGUUACCAUCAUCCCGCUGAGCAAGAUCACUGGACGCGACGUUGAGCCCCAAGUGCUCAAACGAGCCCAGAGCUUGGUUGGCCGAGACAACGUGUUCUCAGCGCUGUCCCUCGUCGACUACGCGCCACACCUGGCGCCUGCCAUGAAGUUUGUCUUUGGCACAACGCUGGUCACGACAAAGAUCGACGAGGCUCGAAUUGUGGCGUUUGACAAAGGCGUGGAGAAGCGGACCGUCUCUUUCGACGGGGCCUCUUUCGACCCCUCAGGCGUCAUCUCUGGAGGUGCGCAGGCCAAGGGUCCCAGCACUCUGGAAAUGGUCACCCAGAUCAAGAAAGACCGCAUGGAAUUGGCAUCCCGGGAGGAGGCCUACGCAAACAUCUCCAAGGAGCUUGCUGGUAUCCAGGCAGUGGCACAAAAAUACAACCGGUUAAAAGAGGAGUCGGACUUGAAGGAGACUGAGCUGGAGCAGCUGCGCAGUCGACUCCAGCAGAGCACGCACCACCAGCUCCUGCAGGAGUACCAGGCCCUUCAACAAACCAUUGAGGAGUCUAAAGCCAAGCUCCAGGCUUGCAAGGAGACUCAGAAAAAAGCCUCUGCCCGCGUCAAGGACCUCGAGGAGAAGGUCAAGGACUCCAAGAACAUUCGAGACCGAGAGCUGAAGGCGGCCGAGCAGCAGAUCUCCAAGUGCAAGAAGAAGGCGGACGAGUCGGCCAAGAAAGCCACUGCCAAGAAGCAGGAAGUGGAAGGUCUCAAGCUGGAGAUCCAAGAGCUGGAGCAGUCCAUUGCGGGCUACAAGGAACAGAUGAAGGCGACUGAUGGUACACUGGCCGAAAGUGAGGAGGAGCUUGCAGAGAACGAAAAGAAGCUGGCCGCUGCCAAGGAGGACGUGAAAAAGGCCAGCAAAGAGGUUCAGGCACAGAAGGAAAAGCUGAAGGCAGCGUGCCGUGAGAUCUCCGAGAAGUACGCCGAGCGAGCCGAGGUCGAGAAGAAAGCCGGCCAGCUGAAGCUCAAGAUCCAACAGUGGGAGCACGACGUGAACAAGAUUGAACGCGAGGCCGGGGACGCCGUUAAGAAGCUGGAGGAAAUGGUCAGUAACUACGAGUGGAUUCCGUCGGAGCGGCAUUACUUUGGCAAGAGCAACACGGAGUACGAUUUCGAGGUCAACAACCCGACCGACGCUGGGCGGCGCAUCCUGAAGCUGAGCGAGACGAAGGAGAAGCUCGGUCAGAAUGUCAACUCACGUGCCCAGACCAUGCUGGUGAAGGCCGAGGAAAAGUACCAAGACCUGAUCAACAAACGGACCGUAACGCACGAUCGGGACAAGAUUAUCGACGUCAUGCGAGAGCUGGACGAAAAGAAGAACAUGGCUCUCAGGGAAGCCUGGAAAAAAGUCGACAAGGACUUUGGCUCCAUCUUCUCGACGCUGCUUCCUGGCACGGACGCCAAACUUGUUCCCCCCGACGGCAUGGACGCACUCCAAGGUCUCGAGGUCAAAGUGGCAUUUGGGGGCGUGUGGAAAGAAUCUCUGCAGGAGCUCAGCGGAGGACAGCGGUCACUGGUGGCCCUAUCCUUGAUCCUGUCCUUGCUGUUGUUCAAGCCGGCACCCAUUUAUAUUCUGGACGAAGUGGACGCCGCGCUUGACCUCUCGCACACGCAAAACAUCGGCCAGAUGCUGCGCGCCCAUUUCAAGCAGUCGCAGUUCAUCGUGGUCUCUCUCAAGGAAGGCAUGUUCAACAAUGCCAACGUACUCUUCAGAACAAAGUUUAUCAACGGCAUGUCGACCGUGUCUCGCACGACGCAGAGCGUUGAUGGCAGUGAUUGAGCGUGGUCUCGUAGCAGUCGAACGGAGCCCGUGGUUUUCAUCAUCCUGAUACGUUGUAUAUAUUACUUCAUUACUCGUAACGUCUCAUUCGUAACGCCACCUCUUAAUCGUGAAUUUUAUCGGAAUGCUUUUAUUCUGUGACUAUGUUAAAUAAACUUUUUUAUUUUUCAUA